CUCUUUCCCUACCGCGCGGUGUCGCCACGGGUGUCGCGCAGGCGCGUGAGAGGGGUGAGGCGCGAUGGCAGGUGUCGGGGCUGGACCGCUGCGGUCGGUGGGGUUGCCCGCGUUGCUGUUUCUUGCUCUGUGCGCCGUGGGCGUUCGGGGUCUCUACUUCCAUAUCGGCGAGACCGAGAAGCGCUGCUUCAUCGAGGAAAUCCCCGACGAGACCAUGGUCAUCGGCAACUAUCGCACCCAGAUGUGGGACAAGCAGAAGGAGGUCUUCCUGCCCUCGACCCCUGGCCUGGGCAUGCACGUGGAAGUGAAGGACCCCGACGGCAAGGUGGUGCUGUCCCGGCAGUACGGCUCGGAGGGCCGCUUCACGUUCACCUCCCACACUCCUGGUGAACAUCAAAUCUGUCUGCACUCCAACUCUACCAGGAUGGCUCUCUUCGCUGGUGGCAAGCUGCGUGUGCACCUGGACAUCCAGGUUGGGGAGCAUGCCAACAACUACCCUGAAAUUGCUGCUAAAGAUAAACUGACGGAGCUGCAGCUCCGUGCUCGUCAGUUGCUUGAUCAAGUGGAACAGAUUCAGAAGGAGCAGGAUUACCAAAGGUAUCGUGAAGAGCGCUUCCGCCUGACCAGCGAGAGCACCAACCAGAGGGUCCUGUGGUGGUCCAUUGCUCAGACUGUCAUCCUCAUCCUCACUGGCAUCUGGCAGAUGCGUCACCUCAAGAGCUUCUUUGAGGCCAAGAAGCUGGUGUAGUGCCCUUCUCCGUAUGACCCUGCCUUUUCACCACAUUUAUUUGGUACUUUCCCUACCCAAUCCUUUAUCUACCUGGAUUUUAAGGGGAAAAAAAUGAAAAAGAACAUAAGUCACAUUGGUUCUAUGGCAACAAACCAUUCAGAUCAGCCACUUGUUAACCCUGGUUUUCAAAGACAGAGGACAUUGGUCCAAGCUUUCAAAAUCUGAGGGCUCGUGAAGAGUCAGAAUGAACCCAGGACUAAGUGUUGCUUCUCUUACCUCUCAUGGUUCCCCUCUGUCUUCCCAAUGAAAAGUCUCUCCUUUAUCUUCUGCUCUACCUGCAUCUGCUUAUGCAGUAGGUGACUGGCAUGCCCCACAGAGCAGGCCCUGCCUCCCUGCCUGCCGGUCAGUCCUGGGUUCACUCAAUGGCUUUGUGAAUGUAAAUAAGGGGCAGGUCUUGGCCCCAGAGGACUGAGAUGUUUUUCUAUAUAUUAGAACUAUUUUUUGAUAAAUUAUAUAUUUUCUUUCCUAGUUGAAGUGUUACUGCCUGUAACUAGCUGAAAACACCAGUGCACUUCUUCUAUGUUCUGCUCAUUCACACGUUUUUGAUAACUGCCGUGGCAGCUCUCAGGAUUUCAGCAGUGUGUGGGCCAGAAAGCAGACAUUACGGCUCUCAAGGCCGUAUCAGAGUGCCAAGCAGAGUUCUCUUGGACUCCUGUGCUUUCCAUGACACAGAGCCUCGCAGAGAUAAGGCAGUGACAGCUAGCAUGGGGUAGUGCACUCUUGCCCUCCCUCGUCCCUUAACUUUUAUUUAAGCUGUGCUAAAUGUUUUCUUAAAGGGAACCAGAUUUGGUCCUUUAUACAGAAUUUUUCCAGUGAAAUAAAACAUGUUGUAGUA